CCCUAUUCGAUUUUCUUUUAUAUUUUCCCGUUUCGGAUUUAGUUCUAAUCAGGAAAUUUGUAUGUCUUGUUCUCUUCAGUGGCGUGAAAUACGUUGACAACAAACUGGUUCCAAAGCGAGCUAGACAACGUUGGAAUCCCGUGAAAGUUUAUUGGAAGAAUUGUAAGCUUGCAUGUAGGCGUGAACUACGAAAGCAUAUUGUAGGUCCUACGACGAUUUUACUACUGAUUUAUGGUUUCAAGCAUAAACAUUCAUUGGUCACACAAAGGUUUUUUGGGAGAUUAUUUUAUCUUUUGGUUCAUUCAUUCAUAAUGCGAUGAAGCACGUGAAUAAAUGGUGUACCUCGAACACUGGUUGCCAUAAGAAUUUGAACGAACACCUUCGGGACGAGACAUGACACAUUUAUCGCCGAUACUGAAAGUAAAAGUCGACGAACUCUUUCUGCGAUGGCUUUCGAUGCCCGACACUCAACGAGUCCUCAAAACCGAUUUGAACAAACUAAUCCAAGGCCGCCCAUUGUCUCCAAGGCAAUUGUCACUUUCGUCGGUUUCUAAUACAGUAGGCGGUACUAGACCGAUUUCGCCUCCGGCCCCGCCAACCAGUUCACCGUCUCAAGUGCUACGGUCACCGCGAAGUCCGCGAGAAAGAUCUUCGCGAAGACCAGGCUCUAAAUCGCCGCCGCGUUCUCCUAGGUUAGAGAACCAUGAAGCUACGAAGUAUCUGAUGAAGGAUAAAUCUUUGGUGUUAAAUAAUGUUAGAAUCUUUCCUGGCUGUGCGGCAAGCCUUCCACAAUUUUACUUUCCUCUUGGAAGGCCAGAAGAUUCUACUGUUUGUGAGAACGCGCUGGACAAAGUAAAGAAAAUUUUCCAACUAUCCGAGGAGGGUUUAUCAAAAGAGGAGUUCGGAGCAGUGGCGAAGGUAAUGUGAUUUUGUGUUUUUUUAUGUUUCUAAAUAAGUUGUUUUGCGUGACGUGGACUAUCUCACGAACGUGUAGCUGUCUAACUUAUUGUUGGCCGUUAAGUGACUUGUCAGUUUUCAACGCGCGAAUUUGCCUGAUCUUCCUGAUGAGUAAUUUAUAUUUGGUCAUUAUUUAUGUCGUUGUUCUGAAACAUAACGUGAUCGGGACGUUCUUUUCACAUCUUAGGGAAAACGUACGAAGCACCCAAAUUUCCGUUAUCAGAACUUGAUCUGCCCCGCGUCUUUUCAAAGGGAUUUAAGUAAUCCAUCGUUCGUGACGAUUCGAAUAAGAUACUCAAUGAUUCUACGCCAUUGGCGCUGAACCAGAAUGAUUUUUAUGCUUGCAGCAAUGGCCUGUUUGCUUUAUAAUUGAAGAGUAUUCCAAUGGCUUCGAGAAUGUUUGUGCAAACGUUUCGAAGAGUUAUAACCCGAUCAUGUUUACACAGCUCCUAAAAUGUUCCUCUUAAGACAGCAAAUAUAGUCAACAAUACCCUAUCACGUAUUCACGAAAACUUUGUUUAUUAAGUAAUUGUAAGUUGAAAAUUAUGCAGUUUACCACUGGUCAAUUCACUUUCACCUCUGGCUAUGAUUCAAAUAUGUUAAUCUGUCUUCGAAUCGAAUAUUUUUGUUUUUUGUCCCUAAUAAUCAGCUCAAGAAUAAAACUUCAGCUUUUAAUAGUAAUAUAAGCCACAUGAGCUGUACAACUUCCUGAAAGGCUUUUUCAUCUGACUCAGUUGAUUUUGUGACAAUAAUUAUUAUUGUGCAAUUUAUAUCUUUAGAGCUCUGGAACGAACAACACGCUUAGACUGACGGCUCUAAAAUGUUGCAUAAGCAUUGUCUUCAAUUUCUCUUGGGGUGAGUGUAAUACCCAGGAGAAAUUUGAAACCAUAGUUAUGCAAAAUUUUGGCGCGGGUGAACAAGGUUUAUGAAAAUAUGAAAAUGAAAAAUAUCAGUCUGCUAGAAAAAAAGGCCCUGCUUUUCGAUAGGUAUGAGUCAAUUUUAAUUAUUUGACAGAUAUGGUUGCAGUAAAAUGAAAGCAAAAGUCAAGUUCUCUAUCAAUUUAAAUUUUCUACUACUUGUGAUAUUCUGUCAAUAUUUUUAAGUGGCAGGAGGAUUUUAAUGUUUCUGCUUAGAAUAUUUAAUGAGUGAUCUCACAAGUUAGUUUAACAUUUUUAUUAAUACUCUCGUCCAACAAAAUGCAAUAAUAUUAAGUUGUGAUAAAAAAUCAACAAAUAGCCCUUAAAAAAAGCAAAACUGUACAUGAGUACUUUUUAUGUUAAGAACUUUCUAGUCAUUUUGGGGUUAAAGUAAAUUAUUCAUAAUUAUGAAUUUUCAUAGCCACUGUUAUGACUAAAAAGGGCGGUGAGUGAAUUCUUUUUCAUUUUACCAAAAAUUGUGUCAACAUUGGAGCGUUUCCUAAUGCAAACCUUCCAGUAAACCAAAAAGUUCAAAGAUGCAAAAGUGCAUGGGUGCAACAGGCAAUUUUUUCCAAAAUCCCCCAAAGAAAACAAAUUCAAGUUCAUUUAAGGAAAUUGAUGCACCCAUUGCUGCAUUUUGUCAUUGUUUACGUAGGCAUUUGAUCAGUGUCUGCACAAGAAGUUAGCCUUAUCAUGUACCUCUGUAGCCUUCCUUUUUGUUUGUCACCUUGAUUUAAUGAAACUGUACAUGUAUGUGCUUUUAAGUUGUUUUUUUUUUUUUGUGAAGACUUCCUAAUUUUCACUUUAAAACCCGGGCCCGAAGUUAACUUUUUAGUGCACUUGCAAAGUUUUGCUAGUGACAUUUUUUUCCACUUGCAAACUGGUGAGACCACCAACAAAUUCUUUCCCUUUGAAAUGUCAAUGACCAUAUCUGAUAUAAAGAUUAGAAUUGAUAUUUCGCACAGUCACGUACAACCCCGACGCAAAAUGGCUUUCAAGGGGUUGAUUAUUUCCAUAAACCAGCACUUUACUUGAGCUUAUUGAAAGAAAACUGUCAGAGCAAAUUAAAAAAAAUUUAACAGUAAAAUCGAAAUGGAUCCCGACUUCGAAAUCUUGUUCUUCGGUGGCUCGAGGUCUUCAUUGACAUUGGCACUCGUGUUAGAGGUUGAGGGCCCCGAGAGCCUCUCAAAGAAAAAGUUAUUUUAGACAUACGUAAGAAAACAAUAGCUCUAAACCAUGAGGAACAUCAACAACACAUGAAUGCUCAGGUGUGGCAUUCAAACAGCUUUCUCCAAAUGUUUGGGAGACAUAGAUGAUUCUAACUCACAAACGUUUGCUAGUGGAUAUUUUUCUCACUCGCAUUUUGCAAGUUUGCGAGUGCUAAUUUUGAUCCCUGUAAAACUACUAUUACUCUGCCUCCCAAAUAUCCAUGGUUGUACAUUUUGUUAACUAAAUUACAAGUUUUCCAGCAAUAGUGAUGAAUUUUACAUUUCAUCAUAACUUUAUUAAUAAAAAAACUUACGGUAGCUACAAAGUGUUAACAUUGUGUUGCUAUGAAUUUGACGGUUGAAAAUAGGUUAAUUAUUUAGGUUUACUUACUGGCACUCUACUCAAAUAAUUAGCAACAAAUAAUCUAAAUAUUACAUAUAACAGGGUUAAAAAAAUGAAACUGGCACGAGGCAACAAGCUGGCUAUUUACAUGUGUGGCCGAAGAUUUGAAUUCAGGUUAAACGAGAAAAAAUCCCUCCAGUGGCCAGAGCAGAACUUAAACCAGGAACCACCGGAUUGCAAGUCCGACUCACUGGCCACUUGGCCACACUGCCUUGGCCAUGCUAUAUAUCUUGAUUGUGGAUACAAAUCUGUGCUCUUACAGCACCUGGAGGCCCUUGGUGCCUAACUUUUGCUCCCAGGCGACCAGAAAAUUGUAGCUUUUUUCAUAGAAAUCAUUUUCUUGGCAUGAUGGAUUUUUACCAGGCUGUUCAUUAGGUUUUGGAGAUUGGAGAAUUUUCGUUUACUACGCAGAAUUCUCCGACUAACAUUUCGUAGUUUAUGCCUAUUUUUUAUUUCCAGACAUAGAGCUUCUUUCAAAAAUAAUAUUCUGCUGUAACAUUAAACCUUUCUCCUGCAACUAGGAUUCUUAAUGAUAAACCUGGACCACUUGGCCUGCUUCAUUUUUUCUUAGAGCACAGCCUUGGAAUACUUUUAAAAGUGACAUAAUUUAUUAAGGUUUUUUUACGUUGUUUCAGGCCUGUGGUCUAUCUUUCUACUGGAGGGAACCUCUUUUUUCUGCAGCUGGAGGACACAAGACUGGUUAUGUCACAUUAUCCAUGUUUACUGCUUUGUGGAAAAGGUAUUUCUGUCAGUAAUUCAUAACCCCUUCGCUUCUAAUAGUAGCCAAACAAAAAGUAAAUUCACAAAAAAUGCAAACAUUCAUUUUUUUUGAGAAAUAACUUUAGGAGGAAGGUAAUUUAGGUUUAUAUCAGGUGCCUUCACUACCCUCUGCUGUCUGCAAUUAUUCCUUACAUAUUUCAGCCUUUGCUAUAGGCAUUAUCUCCAGUAUAGCUCACAUCUGUCUGGCCAUACCUGAAAAAAAAACACUGUAAACUGCCACUUAUACUUAUAAACCCCUUGGUCGGUCCCAGUUAUAAGGCCGCUACCAGUUAUAGGCCCAUCUACCUUUGUUAAAACGAAAAAUACAUCCAAUUAUUAUGAGCCCCCCUCCAGAUAUGACCCCCCCUCUAGUGCCUAUUAUAAGCCCUUCCUCUUAAUUUGGAUGUUGAUUAUGACAUUUUAAAGCCUAAUUACAAACCAGGGUCCAGUUGUUCAAAGGCGGAUUAGUGCUAACACGGGGUUAAAUUUUAAUCCCAGUUUCUUUUUCUUUCGUUCAAAUGCGUUUUCUUGGAUAAAUUUUCUCUGUUCUUUUUAAAGCAUCCAAUCAUCAGAUAGUAGGCAAAAAUAAUUAAACUGAAUUUGCUUUUUACCCUUUCAUAUCUGAAUUCAAAUUUCUUACUAGCACAGCUGAGUUAUCUUAAACCAGCUUUGAAAAUUACGCGGCCCAGUAUGCCAAAAGAUUAGUAUUUUGAUUGCACUGCUAUAGUGUGUAUUAUAGCUAUAUACCGUUUAAAAAAACUUUUUCUGGUCCUCCUAAAAGCCCCUCUCAGAUAUAAGCCCCUUCACUAAUAAGCCCUCGUAAAACCCCUUAUGAAGAUGUCUAAGGCCAGGGCUUAAAAUUGGCAGUUUAUGAUAUUCACACAUAUUUCAUUCAUUCAUUCAUUCAUUCAUUCAUUCAUUCAUUCACGACAUUCUUUAUUUGCCAUAUAUACAAAAUUUUACAACACAAGAUUAGAAUAAUGUGAGAUUAGAAAAAAAGUAAAUGGCGAGGAGACUUGAAAGAAACCACGAGGCUUAUAAUGAGUCAGGUCUCCUCAACUUAGAUAAACUAGUCUUGAUAAUAUAAUUACAGUAUGGGCUUAUGAUGGCUAACUUUGACUGUGGACUCACACACACACAUACACACACACAUGUUAAUUUAAUUAAUCUAAUAAUCUAAUUAAUUAAUCAAUUACGUUAUUUGAUGCAAAAAAUUUGUUUGCACCAAAAUUUUUUACUCUUCUGUUUCAGUGUAACAUCUAAAUGUCAUGAUAAUGCAUCAAGAUUCAUUCGAUUAUUAAGUACAACACAUUGCCAGGAUUAUGUUGAGUCAGACGACUUUGUUCCACUUUUACAGGUAAAGUACAUUUCCCUGGAUCAGUUUCUAUAAAUAAUUUUAACGAUGACUUAGAUUUAUCUUCUCUCUUCUUUAUCAUCUCUUGUAUCUUUCUUUGUUACUUCUAAGUACUUUUUGAAAUAUUGUUGACAGCUCUAAAAGUCUUCACCCUUUGAGCCCCAGUGUCCAUGUGCAGAUUCCCCUGACUGAUCUCCGAACGUUUCCUUUAAGAAUUAGUUAAGAGAAUUUGAUAAGAGCUGAAAACAUUUUUCUCUUUGACGAUCAUUAUCCUAAUUCUCAUAACCUUUUAUCUUUGUUGUGCAGUGGUAUUGUUAGGAGAAAACUGCAAACGAGUCAGAAUCUUGUUACAGGCACUUCUUCCACACUCCAAGCCUGUUCAUCCGGUUGUCAUGGAUAUUGUAGUUAACCUUCCCCAUCUAACCCAACAUUCAGUUUUCAACCUAACUCUUGCUUCCUUUGGUUGGGUGUUUUUUGGAGUCUUGUUGUUUUGGGCCGGAUGUAGAUUGUUACAUGUGAUUAUCAUGCCUAACUUUCUUUGUGGCUAUUUUGCUCUCGCUGUUUAAUGUCUAAAUUGUCAAUUUGUUUUUAUUCAAGGAUAUCGUAGAAACUCAUCCAGGAUUAGAAUUUCUGCGAGAAGCUCCUGACUUUCAUUCCAGAUACAUACAUACUGUAAGUAAACAUAAUUUGUUUAUUUAAAAGAGCUUCACAGUAUUUAGUGGGUAUUAAAUUUUCCAACUUGUCUGUGAAGCUCGUUUAUUUAAGGUUUGGACUUAUUCAGGGUGAUGCUUAUUGAAAAUUUACUAUUUGGCUGAGCAAAACCCGAACAGCUUGACAUCUCCCAAAAUUUUGGAUCUUAACUGUGCUAUCUUGCUAAGCCCAGCUCAUAAAUGUGUCCAUCCUUAAGUGUAAAUUCAUGUUGUUAAGAAGGGUGUUUUUCUGAUGUUUGUCUUUUAUAACUCCAGGUUAUAGCAAGAAUAUUUUACUGUGUAAAUAGUUCAUGGACUGGUCGUAUCACAAUUCCUGAAUUGAGGAAUAGCAAUUUUUUAGAAGUAAGUACAAAAACUGUUGAAAAAUAAGGUCUCUUUGAGAUAUCAAACACUAUUUUAUUUAUGUAGCUAAGCAAAAUUUAGGCUAAGUUAAACUAAAAAAUGUUGGCCAUCAGUCUUUCGCACUUGAUUAUGAGGGAGGGGGCACCAAUAACUUCACAGGGGUCAUCAUGUCUUUACAGCUUCUCUUUUGAGUUCAGACUAUUAUUUUCAUAUUGCCACUCAUUGCUCAGACCUGCUUCUAGUGUUUUUGCUCCCUACCCCUUUCCCCUCCCCCCGCCCCACCAUGUAUAAAGUAUGGCAAUAGUGCUUGGUUCCACUGGUUAGGAGUGUGAUGGUGCCUGGGUGGAUGCCACUCACAGGGUUGUCAUGGUUACACAUUGUACUCAGUUCACCUGCCUCUCAGGCACUUCUCUCCCCACUCAUCAUUGUUGAUAAUUUUAGGCAUAGUUAGUUGAGGAGACUGGUUAUGACACCUGGCAAACAUCAAAGUUGAAAACAGCGGUGCUGUAGGUUAUGUUGGAAGCUCCCUGACCGUAGACAAUCCUUUGUUUUCUGUUCACAAAUUAUGACUGAAUAAACUAAUGCAAUUUUUCUAUUGGUCAAUAACUUCAAAAUGAUAGGAAUGCUAUUGAAUGUUGUGCAUGGUCAGGUCCAGGUUAGGAGGGCCAUUAUGAAAACUACUGGGUGACCAGUAAUCAAUGUCUUUACCCUCGUUAAAUAAAGUUAUAUAGUUAAAGUUAAAGUUAAAGGUCCAAAAAAGCUAACAAAAACUUAUAACCAAGGGUUUCUUAACCAUUCCACUUUAAUUAAGUAAGGCCAAAUAGUAAUGUGAAAGAAAAUUUAAACUUAAUAAUUAUCAUCUUCUUCCCUUAAGAAACCACUGGGCUUAUUGAAGAGGCAACCUUUGAUUGUAAACCAAAAGCACAUGUGCCACUUCCAGCCAGUUAAGGGCUAUUUUAAGUAAAACUUCUAACGUCUUUUUCUUAAAGCUGUAAGAAAGCUUGAUAGAUGGGGUAAUUGAUCUUAGGAAAAUACAUUGUAUAACCAAUUACCUUUUGCUAUGUUAUGACUGCAGCUGUGUUCAUAUCAUUUCAUUAACAAAUGUGGUUCUUUACCAGGUUUUAGCAUCUCUUGAAGAGGAAGAAGAUAUUAAUGAGGUAUGAAAUCAAUAGUCUUAUAGCUGAUUAAAGAUAAAGAGAUAAAGACAUUUGUUUAUAUAAUGCUAAAACUAUAUACAUCUUCUAAAGCACUGAAAAAAAUGAAUACUAAAAUUAAAUAGUAGAAUAAUUAACAAUUAAUGAAUGAGGCUGAGUAUCUUAUAUGAAGAAUUAUGGAGAUCGAGGAGGGUGUUACGGCGUCGACGGAUAACACCCUCCGAGAUCUCCAUAAUUCUUCAUACGAUACGAAAGCUGAAUUCAAUAAUUACAUUUUAUUAUUCAUUCAAAAUAAUUCCUAGUUUAUAACAUAGCUAAAACUAGCUUACCUACAUCGAUGUUAAGUUUAUCUUCGAUAGUUUACGUUUAGGUUUGUCCAGCUCCACAAAUAUUCUCCAAAUAGCAGAUGUCGCACUCUGAGUUGUCUUCUUGCUGUUUUUGCUCAUGUUCUUAGCCAUUAUUUUGCCUAGUUCCAGCUGUAGUUCUUACUCUUGAAACGAGUCAAGUGUCCGCCAUUUUAGUUUUUACAAAGAAAACAACUCAAUCUCGAUCAUCCCCAGGUCUUUUCGGUUAACAGUGCAUUAACCUGUAGAAGGCUGCAUUUUUGACGUCAUUUCCUCGUUAAACACAAAAUUCUUCCAAAUUUUGUCAUCAGUAACUGGUUAUGGCGAAUUAUGCAUGUGCUUUUAGCCAAUCAGAAUUGGGGAUUUAAAUGAAUAAUAAUCUCUGUUAAAGGAGCUCUCAGGUUCUAAUUCCAGUUGUAUUUUCUCUUUCAUCUCUUUAGAUUCUGGACUAUUUUUCUUAUGAGCAUUUUUACGUAAUUUAUUGUAAAUUCUGGGAGCUAGAUUCAGACCAUGACCUGUUAAUUGAUGAGAACGAUUUAAUGAGACAUAAUAACCAUGGUAAGUGUAUCUCUGAUACAAAAACAACAGUUCUUAAAAAAGGGCAGUGACCAAAUUAUAGUGGUAUGGAUUUUAUAACUUUUGGUGUGACCAAUGGAAAUCAUAAAUGCCUUCCAUAGAACCCUUCACAGUUGUAGUGGCAUGGGUAACUGGGACAAGAUGGUGGGAAAAUCAAAAGUUUGUAUGGGAGAACAAAGUCAACUAAAUCUAAUUGUUGCUAAUUGAAUAUAUUUUUUGUCACUUUCCCUUUGAAAAAUGUGACUAAUGAACUUAAAGAAACUACACACUAAAUCUGGAGUGCAUAGCAGUCCUUUCUUGCUUCUUAGAAAACCUGAGUUCUUCCAUACAUUUUCUGUAAUCCUACAACACAAAAAUUACCCAUAAUGUAUGGAAAAAGUCAAAUUUUCUAAAAAUCAUCCAAGGACUGCUGUGCUCUCCACAUUUUAGUGUAUAUAGUUCCUUUUAGUUCAUUAGUUAAAGUUUGCAAAGAGAAAGUGACAAAUAUAUUCAAUUAGGAAGAAUUAGUUGACUUUGAAUUCCCAUACAAACUUUUGACUUCCCCAUCAUCUUGUCCUGAUUACCCAGCAUGCCCUCACAACUGUGAAGGGGUCUAUUAUAGCAAGGUACCCUGUUAUUGGAGGUGCUGGUGUAUGUAUAAUAGAGGUAGGGAUAGUAUGGAAUUCUUCAUGUUCAUCAACAGCACUGUCCACAGGGUUGGUUUUAGAGCAUUAAGAAAGAGUGGUGUGGACACUAUAGAUACUAUAAAUUUACUGAGAAUUUGUCAAGAAUGAUGGAAACUUUCACCGGAAAGGUUUGCCACAGUUCCCUUGGAUGGCCCCUAAAUCUGUCUAUGGGUCCAUAAUAGAGAGGUAAAGAAUGCAGAGAUUGUUUGGAGAACCAUUACGACAAAACCCUGUCUUAUUAUAGAGCCAAAAAGAGUUAGGGAUUCAGUGUCUGAUCUUGAGCACACCAUUGCGGGAUUGCCGCUUUUUGAGCAAAGAUGUCCCCUUCAAAAACCUGUUCUGGGUCAUUUUUGCGCACUUCAAAUUGUGUUUCAAAAGAAAAAGAAACAAAGAAAUGUGAUUCCUCCUUAUGCAAAAUAUAUUGUUUUGAAACAAUAUUUUGAUUUAAAUUUUAGCAGAUAUUUAAAAGUAAAGCAAGAACCAAAAUUCAGAGAAUAUGAGAUUUGUUGGUAACAUAUUCACCUGGUACAUUAGAUUAAAAAAGGGACCCCCCAAAAAGCGGAAUGUCCCUCUAAAUAUUGUUGACUGGGACAUGUUGCCCCCUUAGCUGGAAAUCCUAGAUCAGACAUAGGGGAUUGUGUGAAAUUUGGUAUCUUUAGGACCAAGAGAACUGUCCAGAGAAAAGGUUUCUUUGUUAUUAAUAGAUGUGUCUUUAAGGAGACAUUCAAGCGUAUUAUAAUAUCCUGAUUUUUAUUGUCAUUCAUUGGGUUGUCCCAGAAAACUUCCUGACCAUACCUCUCCAGUAGUCUUCCCCUUCAAGCCACAGUAUCCACUCUCAAAUUCUGAAGACUGAUCUCUUUAUAAUACAUUUCCAUGAAAAAUGAGUUGAGAGAAUCUGAUAAAAGAUCAAAGUAUCUUCCCUUUGGUCAUUAUUUUAUUAAUUCGUAUAACCUUUUUUCUUAUAUACGAGUGCUAUUGUACCCUCAACCUUCAAGAAUUCUAUAGGCAUUAGCCACUACAUCUACCACUCUCUUGUCUUGUUGUAUUGUAAUAAGCCUUGAGUUUGAUCAACAAACGUUUUCUCAACACUGUAUUAUGUUGAUUUCUUUUGAUAAUAAUAGAGAUAAUCGUUUUGUCUUUAUAUUUUUAGUGUCCAAAGUUAGUCAAUUUUGUUUUUGUCUUUCCAAAUUAGCUUUGUCAUCAAGGAUUAUAAAGAGACUGUUUUCUGGAUGUGUCACACGGUAAGAACAUGACAGAUGUAGCUCAGCUUUAGUAGGUCAUUGACUUGUUUGAAGUCCAGAUAGCUUUAAUCCUGGGUUAAGUGCAUACAGACCAAUUUGACUUUGUUAUGCCCUAAUGUGGUGAGGUGUUUUGUGUGCACUAGUGAUUCUUGAAGCUAUACCACUUGGGAUCUCAAUCUCUCACUGGUUCAACCAUGCUGGGCAGGUCUCAGGUGAAAGGCCAAACGAAUUUCAACACCUGGCCUUCCAGGUUCAGGGUUGGGCGAUGGGUUAGUGUUCAAACCCCAUAAAGAGAGUAUCGUUAUUGAAACCAGACACGCUUUUCAAGAUAGCCAAUAUUGACCAACAUACAAACAUUUAAAAUAUAGUACUUAAAAAUUUACAAAAAAUGUAUGGAUUGUCAGACACUUAUGUGGAUGUCCAUAUAAAAUUCUUUCUUAUGAAAUUUUGGAGUUCUCAGAAAGAAAAAUAAGAGACUGCUCGCAGUCUAUAGCUGGCGGGAUUGUUAUGCGCAGAGCACUUUCUUGGCAGCAAAGCCAUAAGGGAUUUUCGCUUCAAUUUGACUUUCCCUUACAGGGUUCUCACUGAGUGCCGGAAACCAGCUAAAAACCGGCUAGUUUCAGGUCUGAGCUGUCUACCAUUGAGGGAAAAUGGGUUAAGUGAGGGAGUGACAGCCUCAAAUUGCCUUCAGCGCUCGAUUGCCAAGCCGCCAAAGUUUACAUUCUGGCUGUCUUCUUUAAGCUUAAUGUCUUAAUCUUCUUGUGCCUGACUGCUUCCAAAAAAAACAACUCUCAUCGGCAAAUUUGGCAGCUACACAGCCUGGCGAUGCUUCCUAGGAAAGCAUGACCCAGAAGGCCUGUUUUCUUACAUUAAUUUAUUUUCUGCCUUUGACCAUGCAGAGGCCCAACGUAUAUUGAUGGAAAGAUGUCAUAUCCAGACUUUGUUUGGUUUCUUCUCUCAGAAGAGGACAAGAAGCAUCCAAGAAGGUGCGAUCUUCUAAAAGGACUUUACUUUACAAUGACGUUUGCACUUAUUUAAAAAAAUCUUUUUAUUCUUAAUCUUAUUAUUUUCUAUUUUUUUCCCUUUAAGUAUUGAAUACUGGUUCCGCUGUAUGGAUGUGGACGGUGAUGGUGUCCUGUCGAUGUACGAGUUGGAAUACUUUUACACAGAGCAGGUAUCCAAGAUGGAUGCUCUCGGUAUAGAGACAAUGGUGUUUCAAGAUUGCCUCUGUCAGGUAUGGUUAUAAAUAGUUUGGGCCAUUCAAUUUCAAAGUCACCCCCCACCCCCAAAAAAAGUUUAAAAACUAUGCUUUAAAACUCUAAUAUCAGGGACGGAUCUAGGGGAAGGGUGCAGGGGGUGCGCACCCCCCCCCCCGAGAUGACCUGCGGUUUUCUAAUACAACUGGUAUUCUGCAACAACGACAAAAAAAACUGUGGUUGUGGUUUAUUGGUGUUGAAGUAGAGCAAGAUACGAGUGCACCCCCUCCUAAAAAAAAUCCUGGAUCCGCCCCUGAAUAUUAUCAUUCACACUCUUAUUGUGCUUACGUGGAGAAAUUGUUUGAAAAUCAAAUCUUUUAACACUUUUUGAGCACAACUCAGCAGUGGAAACAAGAGAGAUGAGACAUUGCCGCGUUGUUUGUUUAUGGACAUUCUAUUAUGUCUCAAAUUCUUGGCUUUAGACGUUCAUUCGUUUGAUUUUUGUGUUCGAAUUCCCAUGACAGGACCCCCACCUAUCACCCCCAAACAAGUGCCCCCCCUCCCCACUUUCCCCACAGCCGUAGCCAGAAAGCAAGCUCUCCAUUUGGGGGAAUCGCGAGAAGACACGCCGACGCGCACUCUCUUCGUUCGUCACAAACGCAGUCCUUUCUUGCAGGCUACCACCGCUAGGGAUCUAAUACACUGGUGUCCAAGCCUCUGUAGCGUGAGGUCAUUUUGAAAAUAUCUACCACUGUUUUCUUCUAUUUUUUUUAGAUGUUGGACAUGGUUAAGCCAAAAGUUCCAGGUAAUAUUUCUUUUUCGCUUGGUUCAACAUGUGGUCAUGCGGUCUCUACGAACUCUUGUUGAAUAAAAACUAAAGAAACGAAAAGUGAAUAAUGUUAGAGUAGGCUUUUCCCUAAAAAGAGAAUUAUUUAUUAUUCGAUUUCCUCAGUUUCCUUUUUAGUAUUUCGGAGCAAUAACCAAAGUCCAUACAAGUUGCGGCAAGUGUACAAAAUUCAGAGCUGCGAAUAACAUUCCGUCAUCAGACAAUGUUCGACGAAAUUCUUUUUGUAGUCGCACAUUAUGCCUUAGACAAGGGACUUUCAGUACCUUUAUAUGCUAUUCGAAAAUACGACGCUGCAAAUUUCAGUCUUCUUUCCUUUCACACACAGUAAUUUUCAAGGAGUUAUAACAACUCCUCUAGUGGGGUUAGUUUUACUCCUUACAGUGGAGUUAUUCUUUGGGGAGUUUAAAGAACUCUUUUCCUGGAGUAAAAAUGACCCCAGAUAUUGAGGAGUUAAAAUAACCCCAAAAAAGGAGUUAUCCUGUACCUAAAAUUUUUACUGCAUUUUCAGAGUUAAAUUAACUCCAAAAAGAGUAAAAACAACCCAUGUAAAGAGUAAAAAUAACCCCAUUUUCGGAGUUAUUUUAACUCCAGACUGGGAGUAACAAGAGCUCUUUUGAAAGUAACCCCAAAAAGGGGUUAUCGUGUACCUAAAAUUUUUACUCCAUUUUUGGAGUUGUAAUAACUCCCUAAAAAUUACAGUGCAACCAGGAUUAUUUACUUUACUAGGUGGUACUUUCCUAGGACAGUUAGGCCUUGGAAUAAUCUCCCUCGUUCUAUUUAGCAUACUGCUAGUGCUCAAAAGUUUAAAAGUUUUCUACAUGCUCACUCACUAUAAAGACCAGGCUAAGUUCCUAUGGGCUGCCGUAGUUACACCUGUGGCACAUUCUUAUUACGCGUACCCUUUUUUUCCCAUCGUACGAUUUUAGUAUUUUUGUCUAAUAGUUUUAGACAUUGUAGGGGUUAAAAGUCAGUUUGGGCUCCUGCCCUGUUUUCAUCUCCUGUCAGCUUGCUGUUGUUUGUAUCUAUGUGAUUUCUUUUUUGACAAAUAUAAAUAAUUUAAACUAAACUAAACUAAACUUCCCGCAUUGUCUUUUUGCACCCGUGUAUAAAUGGGUAUUUUAUCGCUGUGUUGUUUCCUCACUUAGACUGAAGAAAAUGUCAACCCUUUCAUCAGUCAUUUUUGUUUAAUCUGUUAUCUUAUGUGUUUUUAUUUCUUUUAAAGGUUGUAUAAAAUUAAGCGAUUUAAAGAACUGCAAGAUGGCGUACAUUUUCUUCAAUACGUUUUUCAACCUGGAUAAAUACCUCGAAUAUGAGCAGAGAGAUCCAUUUGCUGCAGCUAGGGUAUGAAAUAAUGCUACUUUCUGACCCCUUGUCCUACUGUGGAAUUAGUAUAGGUAAUAGCAUGAUUUGUAGUGGAGAAGCAUGUACUUUGCAACUUUCUUGAAGUAUCAAAGAGUGACAAACCUUUUGUUGAGUUUCGUCUAGAUUCAAUGUCCCGUGAUCUUUGAGGGAAAUUUGAUGUUACAUGUAUUUUGAGCGCGUGGUGUUCCUUUCGUUUACCAUGCUUACUUAAUAUGUCACCCCUACCUUCCGUUAAUUUUUUCAUUCCCAUGAAGUUGUGGAUUUUAAGCAGGAUUGUGCUCUAGCAGAGCCUGGUGGCGCCCAACUUUUGCUGCUGGGCGACUAGAAAAUCUCAGAUUUUUCAAACAAAUCAUAUGCUGGGCACCCUAGAUUUUACAGGUUCAGAGCACUUGGCUCCAUUCAGUGCUCCUUACAGCGCAGCCUUGUUAAGUUUGAGUCGUUUUGCUUUCAGGACCUGCAAGAGAGUGAAGGAACUGAGCCUUCAGAUUGGGAAAGAUACGCACAGGAGGAAUAUGAUUUGUUAGUUGCUGAGGAAGGGGCCAAUGAGCAAACGGAAGGGUAAGGUGGCAAAAAUACGCGGAAAAAUCUCCUCUAGUGUAAAAUUAGUCGUAGUUUUUCUUGCUAGCAGUUUUAAUCAGAAAGAAAUAACCUGAGUAAAAAAAGCCUGGUUAAAAACCCCAACUGUCAGGAAAAGCUGUUUGCAUUUAUGGCCGAGGAGUUAAGCUCGGGACUGCCGAGAAAGAACUCGAUCUAGUGGAGGAAAAAGCACUCGAACCACAGGCAGACCACAAUCUGUUCGUGUGGCAGUUGUUGGUAUUGAAACCUGUGAUUGUACAGCGCGGGACUCAGUAGGCACUGUGCACUUUUUCGAAUUUGGAGCACUAUUUUACAUUUCCAGCACUCUUGAGCACUUUCUUGACUUGUGAACAGAAUUUGAGAAUUUUGCGCUUUUUGGGUAGCAUUUAAGCAGUUUUUUUACACUUUUCCAAUAUUUUGUCUUCGAAACGUUUUCAGUGAGCCGAGUAAUUCUGUUAUCAUGAAUUUGAAUAAUUUCACCUUGUCGCCCAACUGUUGUCAUGAAAAUGUACAAUUUUUUAUCGUCCUUUUAACCGUGGGAACAGUCGAUCUUGAAAAAAAGGCAUUGGUGUUUCAUCUCCUGUUUGGUCACCUAUUAGAAAAUCGAGGGUUAAAAAAUAAAGUAAGAAUAUUUAUGAACGUUUGCUAGGAAAUAAUUAAAAACUGCGAGCAACUCUCGAGCAUUACUUCGAAAUUUCAAGUACUUUUUCAAAAAUUCGAGCACCGUUUGAACAUUUUUUUUUUGCCAUGUUUUGAGCACUUUUUGGCGAAUUUUCCAGCGCAAUCGGGACAUGCUAACUAGGGUCGGCAAAAAAAUGUACAUUUGACAAAUGACAAAGUUACAUUUCGCUUGAACUUUAAUUGAAACGUUUAGGUUCAAAUCUGUAUUUUGGUGUGAAUUGUAGCCGCCGUAAUGUUCAUCCUCAGAUUUCAAUAGGAGAGUGAUCUGCCUGUGCUCGAACUCGGGAUCACAGGAUUGCGAGUCCGAAGGAAGCACGGACGACUCGGCUAUGCUGUCUCCUAAAUCACGUGAUCAUGUACUCGUGGGAAGCACGUGUUGUGUAGGGUGUCUUCUAACUGAAUUAUUUAACCUUUUUGGUUCAAAUAGGUAAAGGCAAACCCAGCGCGGUGAAUCGAUAAUAUCGACAAGAUUGCAACAUUUACCACGUCUGUUUUUUUUCGAUUGUGUUCGGUUGUUUUCCUUGUUGAUCGUUUCAACUCAACAACUUUCGGGAGUGAUCAAUAUGUACGCUCUGAGACAUAGAUAGCGAUCGAGGGGAAUAAACGAAAUUGCACAUUUGACUCAGUAUCAAGACAUUUGGCCAAUAUCAAAAUAUUUCAAUAAACUAUUACCCAUCCAUAAGUAUCGACUAAUCGGCAAAUUUGCGAUUACCGAUUUUCAUCGAUUAACAAUGCCAGGACAAAUCAUGCAAUUUAUAACAAUUUUUGUUUCUGAUUCGUAGUUUGUACGAGGAUGAUUUCGAUGAAGACGAAGACCUUGCCGAGGACGACAUAAUGGCUUUAAAAGGUCUCGAUAACGAUGAAGACAACGCUAACAACAGCAAACCAUGGACAAUGGUGACAGGGAUUGAUGACGAUGAUGAUGAUGAUGAUGACGAUGAUAAUGAUGACGACUUCUACUGAAGGAAAGUUCUCGCUAAGCCGUGCUUAACGUGGCGUUAUACGUGGGUUAAGUUGCUGUUACCUUCCUGCCUUGGAAAUGAGUGGUGUGGUGGUACCCACAGACCAGGGGCCUAGGAUGAUCACGUGACGUUGACGUUGGAUUUGUGCCAAUUGUGUUUCGAUUAGUAACCAAAAGGAGCGUUUCCUUUGUAACUGAGAGCGGUGUUAGUAAAAUACACUUUUGCCCUCUUAGCCAUAGACAGUCUAUGAGUGUUAAACGUAAAAAAGGAUAAUAGGAUAGUGAAAGAGAAGGUACAUAGAUACGUAACACCGUGUGAUAAACAAACGAUGGCAUUCGUAGUCUGUAAAAGACAAGUCAGAAUAAUUUAAGAAAAAUCGCCAGUUUCAUUUUAUAAAAUCUCAAGAAACUUAUAGUACCAAGCGAAAGUUUCGUUGAAAAACUUUUAUUUGAAUGGCCAUAUCAUAGCACCUCGUUCAGAGGCUUCCAACUUAAAAGAAUCUUCUACAUCUCCUUAAUGAACUCUGAAAGUGAUCGGUAAAAAAGAAGCAAAAAAAUAAAAAUGUCUUAAGAGC